AACACCACAACACAGCAGACAUGGUGCACAUAUUAAGUCGCAUGCGCAAGUUGCGCGAGCAGUUGCUAUGGAUAAGAUGUGGGCCUGGCGCUCUUAUAUUACCGAAGGAGGUAUCCAAGAUUAGCAUGGAGUUCAAUACGAAGAUUUAUGGAGGCCACCGAGGGGCAAGGAAAUUCUGGCGUGAGAUGCUACCCCGAAUAAAAUACCGAAACCCAUCCGUUCCAAUUCAAAUUUCACGGCACAACGACGCAGAUGGACCAGCGCUCCUCCAUAUCUACACGGCUUCGAAAACCCAACCCGCAGCUGGUACUACCAACGCACCUGUAGCACAACAACCAGAAUCUACACCGCCGUCAGGCACACCAAAUGCACGCAAUAGUCUCGUUCCUGAUACCUCGAAGCCCACCUAUACGAUCAAUAUCAAAGACCAGUUGGAGAGUGAGAUUUUAGAGGCGCUAGUUGCGCAGACUGGUGCGCAGGAAAUUAAGCCGACAGAGCAGGAGUUGGCAGAGAUGCGGGAGAUUGCCGAGUUCAAGGAGAGGAGCGAAGCAGACAGAGUGCAGGUCAGGGAGAGGUUAAUGAAGGAGCGCAGAGAGGCUGAGCUGCUCAAGUUGGCGAGAGGAGAGGUACCAACGGCAAACUAGGCGUUUCGACAUGACUGGGGAAAUGUGCCGUUUUGAACAAAGGAGAAACAUGUGGAAUAGAUGGACGACAUUGGCACAGCGUCUGCGUUGCAUUCGACUGGCUCUGUAGCUGAAUUAUUGUAUAACAUGUACAUUUUCAAAGACAUCGGCAUAAGAUGAGUCGAAGACAUGCACUUCAAAUUGCAAGCAGCAAGCCCUU